AUGCGCAUCACCGCGAUUCUUAGUGUUCUGUUUUACGGUGGUGAGACCUGGUCCCUCCGAGCGGAGGAUGCAAAUCGACUUUCUGUAUUUGACCACCGAAGCAUUGCUCGUGUCCGGUGGGAACAUCAGACUGGGGCUGUUUCAAGCCGGACGGGUUUUGCUCUACUGUUAUCUGGUGGCACGUUUCUCUAUGUGGCCGCAUCACAUAUCCUUCCAGAGCUAAUACACGCACAGACCGGUCCACAUUCACAUCCCACACAAUCCGCUCAGUCGGGAUCGUCCGCAUUGUGGUCUGCCGCACCGGGCAUGGAAUCGUCCAAGGGUGAGGACUAUACAAUGUACAAUGUGGGCGCACCGGAAAAUCACGUGAUUUAUUCCGCCUCGUCGAAGAACUCCACAGAGCAUCAACGUCUUCGACCGAUCGAACUAGUCACCUCGGAUACUGAGGCGAACUUCAACGUGGAUUUCAGAGAAUUGCUGUCUAGCAGCCCAGAGCUCAAUGUGAUCAGGAGUUUGUUCUGUCUGUUCAAAAGAGAAGGGAGUGUACUCACAUUUAGCCUCGAUUUGAAAGCCACACAGUGUGGUACGUAA